AUGGUGGAUCUAGCAGACUUUUUCUUCGAUGAAAAGCCAGAGCAGUUCUUAGCUACUCUAUAUGAUGUCACAGUGGAAGCAAUGACAAAUGCUCCUAACUGUUCAGCCACGAAUAGCAGCAGUGAGCCAUUCACUUCUCCUCCUAAAAAGCCAAGGAGAACACUGGAUUUGCACCAGGUUGACGAUCAUACUAAGAGAUUUUGCAUACAGUUGACACAUUCGAUGCUACGCACGGGCGUUUUCACAAAAUUCAAUCCGAUCUUGCAGAAGCUCUAUGAA